GGUGCACUCCUCUGGAUAACAGGCGGGUCCACACAGCGCAUGAAACUGUCCUCCUGACAGUGUGUGAAUGGUUUGUUUUUACCCAACCCAGUCAGGCGAGCACCACUUGAUUCUGGGUGUCUGUCUGCGGGACGUGAAACGUCUUUAGCAACUGGGAUAUAGGCUGUUUUUACUAAAAGAAAAGUAAAGGGAAUUAUGGAGCUCAACGGAAAACCCAAGUCAAUCGGUUUGGAUGAAGACCCAGACUUACAGUUUUUGCUCAGAGGUGGAGACCUGAUAAAAGUGAAGUCCAACUCGUGGAAGAAGACCCGCUUUUUGAAACUGAAUGAAGACUGCAAGACUAUUUAUCAGUCGUCCAGCAAGGCAUUCAAGAGAGAAUCCAGCUUUGAACUUGCGGAAAUUGAUUCUGUGCGUCUCGGCCGACAGUCUGAAGGACUGCAGAAAUACACAUAUUCCUCGAUUGAGAAUCGCUGCUUCUCCAUCAUCUUCAAAGGUAGACGGGAAAACCUGGACCUGAUCGCCUCUUCUGAUGAUGAAGCCAAUUGUUGGGUCAACAGCCUGGAGAAGGUUAUCAACCGCCUGCAUAAACUCAAUCGCCAACAGAACAGUGAACACUGGAUCUAUGAAUGCAUGCGCAAGGCAGACAAGAAUGCAGACAACAAAAUGUCCUUGAAGGAGUUGAAGCAUUUCCUGCGCCAAAUCAAUAUUGAGGUGAACGACAGUUACGCAGAGACACUCUUCAGGAAGUGUGACACAUCCAAUUCUGGCACCCUAGAGGGAUCCGAGAUUAAACUCUUCUACAAUUUGCUGACUCAACGUGAUGAAAUUGAUGUGAUCUAUGACAAAUAUGCUACAAGUAAUGGCCAGAUGAGCCGCAAUGACCUGUUGAACUUCAUCCAACUUGAACAGAGGGAGCCAGUGUCUUUGGGCUAUGCAGAAGAACUUAUUAAAAAAUAUGAGGUGGAUGAGACAGCAAAACAAGACAAGCAUAUGAGCAAAGAUGGUUUCCUGAUGUACCUGAACCAAGAAGGCACCCUGCUAAAUCCGGCCCACAUUGACGUGUACCAAGAUAUGCAGCAGCCAUUGAAUCAUUACUUCAUUUCAUCUUCCCAUAACACUUAUCUGAUGGAGGACCAGCUGAAGGGGCCCAGCAGCACAGAAGCCUAUAUCAAAGCGCUGAUGAAGAGCUGUCGCUGUGUGGAGCUGGAUAUCUGGGAUGGAGCAAAUGGGGAGCCAGUCAUUUACCAUGGCCACACACUCACAUCCAAAGUGCCGUUUAAAGACGUCAUUAAGGCUAUCAAAGAUUAUGCUUUUAAAGCCUCACCGUAUCCAGUGAUCUUGUCUUUGGAGAACCAUUGUUCUUUAGAGCAGCAGAAAAUCGUCGCCAUGCACUUAACCACCAUCCUGGGCAGUGCUUUGCUUACUCAACCGCUGGGACAAAAAAUGCCCACCACAUUUCCAGGACCUGAGGACCUGAAGGGACGUUUCUUGAUCAAGGGAAAGCGUUUGAACAAACUUGAUGCUGCUUUCAACAACAACACUGCGGAGGAUGUGGAGAGUGUGUCAGAGGAAGACGAGGCUGCCGAUCUGAAAGAGGGUGAACCCACACACAAAGAUUCGAAGAAAUCCAAAAAGAUCAAGCUGGCCAAGGAGCUGUCAGACCUGGUUGUCUACUGCAAGAGUGUGCAUUUCACCAGCUUCGAGCAAUCAAGGAAAAAACAGGCCUUCUAUGAGAUGGCUUCCUUCAAGGAGGGCAAAGCCAUGAACUUAGCUGAACAAUCAGCUAACGCAUUCAUUCGUCACAACAUUGAUAAGCUGAGCAGAAUCUACCCGGCUGGAUCCAGAACAGAUUCAUCAAACUACAAUCCUGUGCCACUGUGGAACGCUGGAUGCCAAAUAGUGGCUCUAAACUUUCAGACUCCUUGCAAAGAGAUGGAUCUGAACCAGGCCCGAUUUCUUCCUAAUGGCAAGUCCGGCUACAUACUGAAGCCUGAGUUUCUGAGAGACCCGGCCUCACAGUUUGACCCCAUCAACCUCAGAAAAGGGCCCUGGCUGCAGAAGAAGGUCCUGCACAUCAUGGUCAUUUCAGCCCAGCAGCUCCCGAAGAUCAACAAGAACAAGGAGAAGUCCAUUGUAGAUCCUCAUGUCCGGGUGGAGAUUUACGGUGUUCCACAGGACAACGCCAGCAAACAGACACAUCACAUUGACAACAAUGGCUUUAAUCCAAUGUGGAAUACAAACUUCCAGUUCACAGUUAAUGUGCCAGAACUGGCAUUGGUGCGAUUUGUAGUGGAGGAUUAUGACGCUGCUUCAAAAAAUGACCUGAUUGGCCUGUACACUAUACCCCUUACAAGCAUGCAGAACGGUUAUCGUCAUAUGCCUCUGCUCACGAAGAGAGGAAUCAUCAUUCCUUCAGCAGGACUCUUUGUACACGUUAUGCUUCUAGAUGCUUAAAAGACUUUUCUCUCAAUCGCCUCAAAGCAUUCAGAGCAGGACAAUCCUCAAUGAACACAUUCCGGAAGAUCUGGACAUUUAUCAGUGCCUUACGGUUUACCAGUUAGUUGCUCUAAAGCCUGGUUUAUAUUUCUGUCCAUGCAGCUGUGCAGGAACACUUCUGAGAUAGGAGUUGGAGUUUCUAUGUUCCACUGUGUCGAGUUUAUUUGCAGGUGUUGUGAGUUUACGCUAGAAAUGUUGUGCGAUGCGGUGCCCCGUUUACACUAUGUUUUAAUUUGAAAACGCAUGUUUUGAUAUGGUUACACCAUCUGUCCACUCUACGGCGGAGCUUUUUGGAAACUGAAGAGGCUGUUUUGAUUUUAAAGCGCUGCUGCUCUGUCUCAGUGUGGAUGGUGGAAUAAAAGGAAGAAAAAGACAGGCAGGGCAAACAUUUAAUCCCAACUUGAAUCCCAAAAUAAACACAAUAGAGAUGUGUUGAACAUGCGCUGUGUGGCCCUUCCCAAACUUGUCACCUCCACCAAGCCAACCAAUCACAGAUCUUACACUCUGCAUUGUCGGGACAUGUUCAGUAGUUAAAUUUUUAUAGAGGUGUGCAUCAGGGCUCGCUUCAGGGUCCGUGGGAAAUCUACAGCAUACACUCGACACAGAAGUAUAAAUUGGCCUUUAUGAGUACCAAAUAGCUGAAAGUACUUUGUGGAAAUAUUAGGUGUGGGUCAAGUCUUUCUUUUAAAAGUUAUUGUUGGUAACCAAAAAAGAAAACAUGACACAUAAAAUGACAUACCAUACUUACCAUAUCAAGGUCUAUAUUGAAGAAUUACGCUGAUUUUAGAAAAUGCAGAAAGUGUACAGAUUUAGAAAAAAGUUAAACCAUUCCAGUCUCUAUUUGUAGCACAAUUGUUACCAAACACUGCAUUCAAGUGAUUGUACAAGUAUAUCUUUUUACCAUUUGACAUUGUUUUCUAUCUUAAUAUUAAGACUUUUAUAUUUAAAAUAUACUACACUGUUGCCUUUUUACAUUAGCAGAUUAUUUAAACAGUGUUUGUAUUUAUGUUUUUUCUUUCUGAUUGUCAGACAGGGUGUAUGUGUUCUUUCCAAACAUUUAAAGUCCUCAUAUUAGUCACAAAUGUGCCUAAAUUAAAGAGUUUUAAGGCCACACCAAGAACCCAUAACAAUUCAUAACAAUAGUUGAAACUUAGAAUUUGCUUUAACCAGGGAUUGAAAUGACAUUUUCCAUUGAUAGGCAAUAUUUGCUAACUUGGAAUUGAUUUCCAAGGGCAUAUGUAAUUAUUAUUUUUUUAAUUGUCCCUUUAAUCAACCUUCAAUAUUUUUAACUGGUGCAACUGAAAAAGCCAUUAGAGGUGAGGUAUGAGUCAUUUUUACUUGUUAUGGUUAUAGUAUAUACCAGAGAUGCCCAAAGUAGGGCCCGCAUGCCAAAGUUGGCCUAUGAUAACCUUUGGUUUGGCUCGCCAUCCAAUCUGAGAAGAGAUUUAGAAUGAUGAAAAGGUUGGGGUGAAUGCCUUUAACAGAGGUCGUCAUUUUACCGUAAACUUUUGCUUAUUUGUUUAAUUUUUGAGCUACAUUAAAGCCAACUGAAAUGAAAUGUUUGACUCGUGUCGCUCGAGCUUUAAUGGUAUUAAAGCUUGAACCUUCAGCCUACCACCCUCAAUCAAGCUUGGUUGUUGGCCCUUCAUAAGCAAAAGUUUGGGCACCCCUGGUAUAUACUGUGAGAAUUUCAUAUUAAAAACAGCAUUCCUGUGUUCAGUUUCUUUUUGGUUUAAUGCUGUUUUAAUACAGCAUUGCUGGAUUAAAUGUUAGACAGUGAACUGUUUACCCUAUAUAUGCUAUCUGUUAUUUUCAGAUGAACAUGUUUAUCAUUCAUAAUCAGAUGUUAUGUCUCUGAGCAGCAGUGGUGUUUUCUAGAUUUCUUGUCAAAGUUGCCUUACAAAUGUGUAUAAUAUAAUAGAAAAGGAUUGGUAAAACAGGGUGUACAUAGGUGUGCUUUAUAUUUUUUGGUGUUUAUUUUAUACUCUGUUGGUUUAAGGUGUUGCUGCUUUUUUUCUAAUCUGUUUCUCGAAAUGUUUCUAUUUUUAUGUUCAUGUAAAUUAUAUAAUAUCUUUUCCAGUGGUUGUUUACUUCAGCAAUCUUUUUUAUUUUAGUUUCCUGUUGUGACGUCAGAAAAGGAUAAAUAAAUAUCUUUACUGACUAUAAAAUGCUGUGACAACUAUUAAAUAUGGAUUAAACAUCUCAGAAAGA